AUGGGCAACAUUCGUUCAUUUCUACUCUUCAUUUGCAUCACUCUGAUUCAUCUCUUCGCUAUCAAUGGCGAAGUUGCUCCAGAAGAAACACUCAACACAAUGACAGUUGGUGGUGGCGGUGCUCCAUUGACAGAACCACUACUAGCCACCCGUGGUUUCCAAAGCGACCGACUAGCACAAGCCUAUAAAGUAAUCCAAGCAUUCAAGAAAAAGGUGACAUACGAUCCCAAAAACAUUACAAAAACAUGGGUGGGAAAAAACAUAUGCAGAGAUUACAAAGGGUUCAUUUGCGACGUAGUACCAGAUCUCAACAAAACCACCGUCGCCGGAGUCAACUUCAACAACAACAACUUCAAUGGCCCUAACCUAACAGUCAGUGAGCUCUUAAUCGGUUUGAAGGAUCUCGCUUUCUUCCAUGCAAACUCUAACAACUUCACCGGCAUCAUCCCCUCCGAUAUAAGCAGACUCCGUUACUUUUUGGAGCUUGAUCUUAGUAACAACAAUUUCUCCGGUAUAUUUCCCUACGAAGUCCUCCAUGCCAAGAAGUUAGUAUUCCUCGACCUCAGGUUCAACACUUUUCUCGGAGGAGUUCCUCCGCAGGUUUUCCUUCUCCAACUCGACUUGCUCUUCGUCAACAACAACAACUUCAGGCAAGCUCUCCCCAGGUACCUUGGUUUUACGCCGGCGCUUUAUCUAACCCUGGCCAACAACAAAUUCAUCGGUGGAAUCCCCAGGAGCAUUGGUAGAGCUGCCAAUACCCUACGGGAGGUUCUUUUCUUGAACAACAAGUUAAACGGUUGUUUGCCAUAUGAGAUCGGACUUCUGAAGAAAUCCACAGUGUUCGACGUCGGAUUCAACAAUCUAACAGGCCCAAUCCCACACUCGUUUCAGUGCUUAAAGAAAAUGGAACUUCUGAACUUGGCUCACAAUAAGUUCUACAACGAGGUGCCGGAGGCUGUGUGCAGCUUGCCAAGGCUAUAUAAUUUCACAGCAACGUAUAAUUAUUUUACUCAGGUUGGGCCACAGUGUCGGAAGCUGAUCAAGAACGGGGUUCUUAAUGUCAAGAUGAACUGCAUUUCGGGUCUCCCAAAUCAAAGAUCACAGGCUGAUUGUGCUAAAUUCUUCUCGAAUCGUCCUACUUGCCGACGUGAAAAAUCUAUGCAUUAUGUACCUUGCUCCAGAGGGAACUCUGCUAAUGAAUUGGAGUCCUCCGAUGUUGAGUCAACUACGGCGGCGCCGGCGCCCGCUCCGCUAGGGCGAAGUUAUGGUGCUCUUACGCCACAUUAA